AUGGACCAAUUCGCCUCCCAACCUCGUGCUGCUGCAUCACCAUUGUCCGACUUGGUGCCCAGUCCCUCUCAAACUGUAGGCUCCGCCGAGCCCGGAAAUCCCGUUUUCACUCGCGUCCGCACUUCUCACUUUAAGACAGCCACUGUGACGGUCACCCUUGAAGAGACGGCACUUACGUCAGCCUUGGCCAUUACCUCCUCGGAGUUGCCCAUGAUGGCAACUAUGAUGAACACUCUCUUGCCUUCGCUAACCACCUCCACGCUCUCUUCUGUCGAACAGAACACGCCGCUGCCCAAGUCGACUAACUCACCUGGUCAGGAAGACCACGUUACGCUUCCGGUUAAUAAGCUCAUCACCAUCACCGUUAGCGUUGUUGGUGGCUUGGUCGUUGCUAUUCUCCUCAUGUGCAUCAUUCGCGCUUUCGUUCGCCGAAGACAUGCGAUUAAGGAAGAUGCCAAGGCCGCUGCUGGCACUCAAGAGCAGGGAGCAUCUGCCCACGACCAUUUUCACGAGAAUGGCUCCAGCGCGGGCAUCUCUCAACCUGCCUCGCGUGCCUUCUCGGAGACCGACAUGUAUCAGCACUUUCACGCGUCAAACAACGUGGCCAAUGUCAGUUUCCGCACCUUGCCCGCCGCGUACGCCGCAUACGAGCUGCAUCCAACACGCAUCAUCGCUGAGCUUCCAGCCGAGCCCCAUGGCGGCGGCGGCGGCCAUUCGCGUCACGAUUAUCGUGGAUAA